ACGGAAACGCACGACGAUGAUGGCCUUCCGCAUACGCUGGAACAUCUCGCAUUUCUGGGCAGCAAAAAAUACCCAUACAAAGGUGUAUUGGAUCUUAUUGCGAAUCGAUGUUUGGCGUCAGGGACCAACGCAUACACUCAGCAAGAUCAUACGGGCUACGAAUUAACUACGGUUGGCAGUCAAGGAUUCCUGAGAGUGCUACCUGUUUAUUUGGAUCAUUUACUAUCGCCAACGUUGACGGAUGCGCAAUUCCUCACUGAGGUUCAUCAUAUCAACGGGAAUGGUGAUGAUGCGGGUGUGGUGUACAGUGAGAUGCAAGAUGCUGAAUCAGACAUGGACCAGAUCGUUUGCUGGAAGCUAAAGGAGCUCUUUUAUCCUGAACGUUAG